AGCGGCGGGAAGGCCAGAGGAGCCGUCGAACAUGGCCAGCCUGGUGCCCCUCGUCGCGGCGCGGGGCCCACGAAGGAGAUCCGACUGGUCCAUUAGCCUUAUAACAGCGUCUUUGGCUGGAGCCUUUGGGUCCUCCUUCCUCUAUGGUUACAAUCUCUCUGUGGUGAAUGCUCCGACAGUGUAUAUUAAGAAGUUUUACAAUGAAACCUGGGAACGAAGAUACAACCAGUCAAUCACUGAACAGUCACUUACCUUGCUGUGGACUUUAUCUGUCUCCAUUUUUGCUAUUGGUGGACUUGUGGGUGCAUUAAUUGUUACUCCAGCUGUCAAGUAUUUUGGUCGAAAGCGAACGCUCCUGCUGAAUAACACGUUUGCCAUUGUGGCUGCAUUACUUAUGGCCUUCUCACAGCUGGCAGGAGUCUUGGAAAUGAUUAUUUUGGGCCGAUUCAUAAUGGGCAUUGAUGGAGGAAUAUCUCUGAGUGCGCUCCCAAUGUAUUUGAGUGAAAUUUCUCCCAAGCAGAUCCGUGGGUCACUAGGACAAAUCACAGCAAUUUUCAUCUGUAUUGGUGUUUUCAGUGGACAGGUUUUGGGGCUACCUGAGUUAUUUGGACAGGAGUUCCUGUGGCCUUAUCUGUUUGCAAUGAUUAUUGUUCCAUCAAUUCUCCAAAUUGGAGUCCUGCCUUUUCUUCCAGAAAGUCCUCGCUUCCUCUUACUUGAAAAAAAUGACACCAAAGCAGCAGAAAAAGCAUUUCAGAAAUUCCUUAGAAAAUCUGACGUGUCACAUGAAAUAGAAGAAGUUCUGGAAGAGCGUCAAGUGCAGAGAAACAUUCAAGUAGCAUCUGUAUUUCAACUUUUGUGUGACAACACUAAGCGAUGGCAAAUUCUCAAUGUAGUUGUAACCAUGGCUUGCUAUCAACUUUGUGGCCUUAAUGCUAUUUGGUUCUACACGAAUGACAUUUUCAAGGGAGCUGGCCUAAGUCCUCAAAUGAUACCAUAUGUUACCUUAAGCACGGGAGCUGUGGAGAUCUUGGCUGCUCUUUUUUCAGGCUUACUGAUUGAAAGAAUUGGACGCAGACCUCUUUUGAUUGGGGGAUUUGGUUCGAUGUUUUUCUUCUUCAUCAUACUUACUUUGUGUAUGAGUCUACAGGAUCAAGCAGUCUGGCUUCGAUAUCUCAGUGUAGUCUGCAUUCUUGCAAUCAUCGCCUCAUUUUGCAUCGGACCAGGUGGAAUUCCAUUUAUCCUCACUGCAGAGUUAUUUCCACAGUCUCAAAAGCCAGCAGCGUUUAUGAUUGCUGGAAUAAUCAACUGGCUCUGCAAUUUCAUAGUUGGACUCCUUUUCCCUUUCAUUCAGAAAGGGUUGCAAACAUACUGUUUCCUGGUUUUUGCUGCUGUCUGUCUUGUGGGAGCCACUUUCCUUUUUUGUGCUUUACCCGAAACAAAAAAGAAAACACUUGCUGAAAUCAACCAGGCGUUUGCCAGGAAGAAAAUGCCUCUGGAAAUCCAGGAAAUGGGUCAUUUUGAUCCCAAGGGGAAAUCCACUAAGUGAAGCACAAGCAUCCAAUUUUUGUCAUUCAACCGGAAAAUGAAAACAACAAACAAAUGGCCUAAAUUCAAUUUUUCAUGGUAUUUUUUUUUGCAUUUUAACAAAGCUAUUUAUUAAUUUUCUUGUGGUUGGAGACUAGUUGUGACUAGAGUUGAUAAAGAGUCAAAAAUGAGGAACUAGAUUAUUUGAGCAACAUCAUUGCUUAAUUUAACUAUGCAAAUGAAACUUCCUUGGUUAAUUGUAGGAGUGCAGUGACUUUUACCACUGGUUCGGGUUCAUGGCAGCUAUCUCUCUUAAUGCAUGAUUCACAUUCUCAGGCAUAUGUUUUGCAAAUUCUAUUUUUUUAAACUUUAAUUAAAAUUCAGAUUUUUUUAUAAUAAAUAUUGAAUUUAUGGAGGGCUUUUAACCUUUUGAGUUUAAUGCUAAAAUAAUUCGUCUCGUACAGAUAAUUUCUUAUACUCAGGGCAAUUCUAUCUAUGAGGACAUACUUAAAUCUCAGAUCUUCAGUAUCUUUUUCUCUUUAAAUAAAAUCAGGGCUUUACGUUUUUG